GGUGAUGCACCGUUAAACUGGUUUGCCAACCGCCAUUAAACCCUAAAGAAGAAGAAGAAGUCACAAAAGGAGACCUGCUGGAUCUCAGAGACCAGGACCAAGAGCGGGAUGGAGGAGGACAACCAGGACCCGGAGCCCCGGAGCAACAACGUCCCCGGAGGACAAACAGCAGGCUCGAGCUCUGAUAGCACCGAUGUUCAGAGUAUUGUGAAGCUACAAAAUAUGGUAAAGGAAGUUUCCCAAAGCCCUUUCCAUUAUGAGUGGCAGUAUUAUUAUGACAAGACCCUCAUUUCAUCAACCUCUGACCCCAGUGGAUCAUCAGCAAAUGAGUCCCGAAACAAACAGAAACUGAGAGGAAGAGACGGAGACACAAGUCACCGCUGUGACGAAUCCUUCACAACAUCAGUAAAGAUUCAUCAGAGUGUUCAAACUGGAGAGAAAACGUUCAUGUGUGAACAGUGUGGAAAAGCUUUCGCUACAUCAAGUAACCUAAAAAACCACCUAUGUGUAAACACUAGAGCGAAAUCAAACUGCUGUGAACAGUGUGGGAAAGCUUUCAGUAAACCAAGUAACCUAAAAAGACACUUACGUCUUCACACUGGAGAGAAACCGUACAGGUGUGAACACUGUGGCAAAGCUUUCGCUACAUCAAGUUACCUAAAAAGCCACCUACAUCUUCACACUGGAGAGAAAUCGAACUGCUGUGAACACUGUGGAAAAUCUUUCACUAAACCAAGUAACCUAAAAAGACACCUACAUCUUCACACUGGAAAGGAACCGUACGUGUGUGAACCGUGUGGAAAAGCUUUCGCUACAUCAAGUAUCCUAAAAAGCCACUUAAGUGUUCACACUACAGCAAAAUCGAACUGCUGUGAACAGUGUGGGAAAGCUUUCACUAAACCAAUUAACCUAAAAAGACACCUACAUCUUCACACUGGAGAGAAACCGUACUGGUGUGAACUGUGUGGGAAAGCUUUCGCUACAUCAAGUAACCUAAAAAACCACCAACGUGUUCACACUGGAGAAAAAUUGUACCGUUGUGAACAGUGUGGGAAAGCUUUCACUACAUCAGCUCACCUACAAAGCCACCUACGUAUUCACACUGGAGAGAAACCAUACUGGUGUGAACUAUGUGGGAAAGCUUUCACUACCUCAAGUAACCUAAAAUACCACCUACGAGUUCACAUUGGAGAGAAACCAUACUGCUGUGAACAGUGUGGGAAAGCUUUCACUGAAUCAGGUAACCUAGCACAGCACAGACGUGUUCACACUGGAGAGAAGCCGUACUGGUGUGAACUGUGUGGGAAAUCUUUCACUGAAUCAAGUAACCUAGCACAGCACAGACGUGUUCACACUGGAGAGAAGCCGUACUGGUGUGAACAAUGUGGGAAAACUUUUAGUCAGAGUAGUGAGCUAAAAAUCCACCAGCGAGUUCACACUGGAGAGAAACCGUACAGCUGUGACCAGUGUGGGAAAACUUUCACUCAAUUGAGUCACCUAAAAACCCACCAACGUGUUCACACUGGCGAGAAACUGUAUGGCUGUGAACAGUGUGGGAAAACUUUCACUCAAUCGUGUCACCUAAAAACCCACCAACGUGUUCACACUGGCGAGAAACUGUACGGCUGUGAACAGUGUGGGAAAACUUUCACUCAAUUGUGUCACCUAAAAACCCACCAACGUGUUCACACUGGAGAGAAACUGUACAGCUGUGAACAGUGUGGGAAAACUUUCACUCAAUUGUGUCACCUAAAAACCCACCAACGUGUUCACACUGGCGAGAAACUGUACGGCUGUGAACAGUGUGGGAAAACUUUCACUCGAUCAGGUCACCUAAAAGAGCACCAACGUGUUCACACUGGAGAGAAACCGUACUGGUGUGAACAGUGUGGGAAAACUUUCACUACAUCAGGUAACUUAAAAAAACACCAACGUGUUCACACUGGAGAGAAACUGUACUGGUGUGAACAGUGUGGAAAAACUUUCACUACAUCAGGUGAACUUCAAAUCCACCAACGUGUUCACACUGGAGAGAAACCAUACUGGUGUGAACAGUGUGGAAAAACAUUCACUACAUCAGCUCAUCUAAAAAUCCACCAACGUGUUCACACUGGAGAGAAACCAUACUGGUGUGAACAGUGUGGAAAAACUUUCACUCAAUCAGCUCACCUACAAAAGCACCGACGUGUUCACACUGGAGAGAAACCAUACUGGUGUGAACAGUGUGGAAAAACUUUCACUACAUCAGGUGAACUUCAAAUCCACCAACGUGUUCACACUGGAGAGAAACCGUACUGGUGUGAACAGUGUGGAAAAACUUUCACUACAUCAGCUCAUCUAAAAAAGCACCAACGUGUUCACACUGGAGAGAAACCGUACAGUUGUGGCCAAUGUGGCAAAUCUUUUACCGAAUCUGGAUAUUUGAAGAUUCAUCAGCGAGUUCACACUGGAGAGAAACCGUACAGCUGUGACCAGUGUGGGAAAACUUUCACUCAAUCAGGUGCCCUAAAAAUCCACCAACGUGUUCACACUGGAGAGAAACCGUACUCGUGUGAACUGUGUGGAAAAAAUUUCAGGUCGUUGGGUAACCGUAAGUAUCACCAAUGUGUUCACACUGGAGAGAAACAGUACUCAUGUGAACAGUGUGGAAAACAUUUCACUCAAUCAGGUGCCCUAAAAAUCCACCGACGUGUUCACACUGGAGAGAAACCGUACUGGUGUGAACAGUGUGGAAAAACUUUUAGUCGAUCAGGUCACCUAAAAAACCACCAACGUGUUCACACUGGAGAGAAACCAUACAGGUGUGAACAGUGUGGAAAAACUUUCAAUCGAUCACAUGUCCUAAAGAAGCACCAACGUGUUCACACUGGAGAGAAACCGUACUGGUGUGAACAGUGUGGAAAAGCUUUCGCUCAAUCAAAUGCCCUAAAACUCCACCAACGUGUUCACACUGGAGAGAAACCGUACUCGUGUGAACAGUGUGGAAAAGCUUUCACUCAAUCAAGUGCCCUAAGAACCCACCAACGUGUUCACACUGGAGAGAAACCGUACUGGUGUGAACAGUGUGGAAAAACUUUCAAGUCAUCAGAUGGCCUAAAAUACCACGAACGUGCUCACACUGGAGUGAAACCAUACAGCUGUGGCCAAUGUGGCAAAUCUUAUACCAAAAGGAGACACCUUACAAGACACAAAUGCAUUGACAAGCAUCAUUGUGACAUUUUUCACAGAGCCGAGCUAAAUAGCAAAAUUAAACUGCAGUACCCGGGUUUCGACCAGGAGAGGGCAGUUGGAUUUGGUAUACAGUGUAUAUACAUAUGAACAGGUCUGAAAUAGAAUGAUCAAUGUAUAAUAAGUGGUAACCAGUAAACAGGUGCUGAUUAGAGACAGAGUUACUGGGUUAUUGCACAGGAAUUGUUCCUGACACUGAGAGUCAGAAAUCUCAAUCAGAAAUGUGAUGUUCCCCAGUCUCACCUGCUGCCUCCUGUCAGUCAGGAAAUUUGUGAUCCACUGACAGGUGGAGGCUGGCACGGUGAGCUGGGUGAGUU